AGACGCCCCGUCACAUGACUCAAACAGGAAGUACUGUACAUUGCUGUUUGUAACGUUUAUGAACAGAAUUCAAUGGCGAGUAUACAGCAUUCUGUUACUGUGAUUUUAGGCUGUAUAUCUUUACUGGUUAGCCAUGGGAUUGCUGGUAAAAUGAAGAUUGUCGAGGAGCCCAAUACAUUUGGGGUCAAUAAUCCCUAUCUGGCCCAGGGAAACAGACUGCAGCCCAAAGUAACCCCCUCUCCAGUGUCCGGCCCAGCACAUCUUCAUCGUUUGUCUGGAAAAUGCUUCUCACUGACUGAGUCAAUGUAUAAAUAUGAACUCUGCCCCUUUCACAACGUCACCCAACAUGAGCAGUCCUUCCGAUGGAAUGCUUACAGUGGGAUUCUCGGGAUCUGGCAGGAGUGGGAAAUAGCAAACAAUACUUUUAUGGGCAUGUGGAUGAGAGAAGGAGAUGCAUGUGGAGCCAGAAGCAGAGAAACAAAGGUCAUAUUCGUCUGUGGGACUAAAAGUAAACUUGCUGCAGUGUCAGAGCCGAGCACAUGUGUGUACUCGCUUACUUUUGAGACGCCAUUAGUCUGCCAUCCACAUGCACUUCUAGUGUACCCAACCCUGAGUGAAAGGCUUCAACAUGAAUGGGAUGAUGUUGAACAGUCCAAGUAUGAAGGUCUUAUAACUGAGCAGGGAUACAACAAUCUGCUAAAGGAUAUAUUUGAGGAGGCGGGAUUACUGAAAAGCCAGAAAGUGAAUGUAAAUCGGAAUGAAGUGGCUGCAGAUUUGGAAAUGGACAGCUCGUUGCAAAAAUGCACUGAGGACGUUCAAAAACUAAGAGAGGAGGUCCAGAGGCUGCAAGCGGUUCUUCGUCAACAUAACAUUCCUUUCACUCCGACACAUAAUAAAAGCAAAGACCCUGCAGCAGUUUCAGAUCAACACUUAAGAGGAGACAUUGGACUCAUUGAUUUGCACUGACCGUCGUCAUUCACUCCAGAUGAUAACUGUGUCACCCACAAAUACUAAAUACUCACCAGAUACAGUGGGGAAGGGCCACAAAAACCUGCCACAUGGCAAUGAAUUAUAUUGACAACGCUACAUUUUUUUGCUUCAAAAUAAAGUAAAUACCAUUGGGACAAGUACUUUGAGAAACUUUACUUCAGCUGGUGAUUGAAAUGUGAAAAUACUAAUCUCUCAGAAUCUGAAUGCUUUCUUGAUGGCUUCACAGAAGAACACUGAAAUGACUUUUUGUACAAUGAAUAUUUAUUUGUUAUUUCUUUGCUUGUCAGUCGAAGACUGACGUUUAAUCCAGGGGAUGGAGUGAUGCGCAGGCAUCACUGGGAAAACAUUCUACAUUUCAUGCAUCUGAAAUUGAGAUUUAAUAAACAAAAUGUUGACAGCU